AUGAUCCCAAUAUCUUACCCUUCUCCCAGAGUUUCACAGCUCGAUGCGGGUAUAUUAGAUUCCGAAUUAUUUUCGUUGUUGAAAGAUCAACUUUCGUCGAUUUUUCAACUACACAAUACAAGCAGAUACUCAUUUAGUCAGCACCUGGAGCUAUAUUCAUUGCUACUCAAUUUAUUAAUUUUUAGACUCACUAUCUGGAAAUCAGGCUCCUCGUACGGUUCUUCUUUGCAAAAUUUGAAGUUGACAGAUUCAAAAUCAGGGAAAAUCAUCGGGAACUCUCGAAAGACUUUAUUAGGAGCAGUUAUUAUUGGUGGUUACUUGUACAAAAAAUUAGAAUCAUAUCUUUUUUCUUUGGAUGAAUCAUCUACACAUAAUUCUGCUUCAACUUUGGAUAAAUUGAAAAACUACUUGUUGAUCAAUAAAACAUCAAUUCUUUCUGGAUUGGAGAAUUCUUUAAAGAUUGCUAAUUUGGUCAACUUCACCUUCUUUUUAGUAAACGGGAGGUAUUCAUCGUUGGUUAAUAGAGUAUUGGGAAUAAUAGAGACUCCAAUAUCAUCAGACUUGUUAAAAUUCAAUGGAAGCAAUGUGAAUUAUGAGUUUCAAAAUAGACAAUUGGUUUGGAAUGUUAUGACAGAAUUUCUUGUUUUCAUUUUGCCGUUGUUACAAUUACGGAAACUAGGAAGAAUGACAAGAAAGCUAUUGGGAAGAUCAAAAACUUCAUUGGACGUUCAAUCGGGGAAUGUUCCAACUUUGACUUCAUACACAAAUUUACCAGUUUCAGAAUGUGCCAUUUGUCACGACAAUAACAAUCAGGCAUCACAAACAGGUGGUAGAACUUUUCCAUCGGCGGGGCCUGUAACAAAUCCUUACAUCACUAAUUGUGGGCAUAUCUAUUGCUAUGUGUGUAUUUCAACCCGGUUUAACAUAAUCAAAGUAAAUGGCGAGGAUAUGCCCUGUCUUCGUUGUGGUAAAAGAUUGGAAUGGUUUGAGGAAUUUGGAUUGGCUGAUGGUGCAGUUGACGAAGAUGCUAUUGUAUUGAGUAUUGAAAACGAUGCAAGUGAAGAGCUGGAAGAGGAGCUGGACGAAGAGGGUAGUAUAACAAGUGAAAAAGAGGUACAUUCUUAUGAGCCUGAACUUGGCCAAAACCGGAUUCAAAGGCACUUGAGUGAGAGAUCGACUAUUUUUGACAACCAGAGUGCCGAUGAGUUCAGUGAGGAUGAAUAUAGUGAAGAAGAGGAAUUCGAUGCCGAUGAAAUGAUGUAA